AUGUCGUCUGUUCUUACUUCACACUCCGCUGGAGUCGCUACACUCGAUAAGGGAUCGACCCCAGGGUAUCGGCCUUUCAAGGAACGAUACGAUCUUAGCGGACUCGUCCAAGACAUUAAGGAACACUUGGGAACCUCUGGAGGAAUUUCUUCUGAACAAGUUGACGAGAAUUACUUGAAAUCCCUACUGGAGAAAUACAUCUCAGAUCCUAGCGACUGGAUCGAGUACUUCCACAAUGAUACAAGCAAGAACUACACGCGCAAUGCGAUUGAGAACAUUAAUCACAAGGCAAACAUUCUCUUGUUGGUGUGGAAUCCUCAAAAGGGCUCCCCAAUCCAUGACCACGCCAAUGCCCACUGCAUCAUGAAAGUUCUAGCUGGAGAGCUUCAUGAGACAGUAUAUCAUACUCCCGAUAGCGAGUCUGGCGAAAGCAAACCUCUGACUGUCAAGCAUGCCAACACCUUUGGUAUGAAUGAGGUGACCUAUAUCUCCGAUGACAUCGGGCUUCAUCGUGUUCACAAUCCAAACCCCAGCCAGAUUGCUGUCUCUCUGCACCUUUACACCCCUCCAAAUGCGGCCGAUUACGGGUAUAACAUCUUUGAUGAGACCACAGGGUCUGCGAGCCAUGUAUCGCAGGCCCAUUCACGGCCAACUCUCCAGGGAAAAUGA